AUGGAUGACUCUCAGAAUGAUGUACUGGAUGAGCCUGCCCCUGAAAUACGCAGCUCCAAAGGCACCUAUGUUCCACCAUCAGUUUACCACUCUAGCCUAUUAGCUGGAGAGUCUUACGCCCAUUAUUCUCCCUGCCCGGCCGCUAUCACCCCUUCGCUGAAAUCCUCUACUAAUGAGACAAAGACGGAGACUACACCAUGUGUACUGGGCAUCGACGAGGCGGGCAGAGGCCCGGUCUUGGGACCCAUGGUCUACAGCGCAUUCUACCUCCCUAUGCACCUUCAUAAAUCUUUACUUGCAGAAGAGCACCAUUUUGACGACAGCCAUUCGCUACAUAACUCCUGCGGAUGGGCUGUCAAAGUUAUGUCUGCUCGUGACAUAUCCUCGGGGAUGUUACGACCUUCUAUGGCAGCUGUUUAUAAUCUCAAUGCACAGGCAUUAGAUGCAACUAUUGAAAUAAUACGCGGUGUGGUCGAAACACAACGCAUAGAUGUCAAGGAGGUUUACGUUGAUACUAUUGGAAAGCCGGAAACGCACCAGGCUAGAUUACUACGGGUAUUUCCUGGUCUGAAGAUUACGGUCGCUAAGAAAGCUGAUUCACUAUAUCCCAGCGUCAGUGCAGCGAGUGUAUGUGCUAAGGUUACGAGGGAUGCUGCCCUGGAGGCGUGCUACGAUAAUUGGGUUAAUCAGAGAAAGAGGAAAAGGGCUCAGGAAUCAACAGGUGAUGAGGCUACAGAGCAACAGGAGGACGUCAUGAGUUGGGGUAGUGGGUAUCCAUCUGAUGGAAAGUGUAUUGGAUGGCUAAAGAAGGAUAUGGAUCCAUUAUUUGGAUGGGGGACCGAGUGUCGGUUUAGCUGGGGUACCUCGAAGGAGCUCCUGGAGACGAAAUCUGGACUCAAAGUCGAUUGGCCCGCUGAAGAGGAGGAUAGUUCAAUGCUAGUAACCCAGUACUUCACAUCAAAGUCAAAAGAUGGCCCAAGUAAUGAGUUGCGGGAUUGGUAUGGGCAUAAGCCAGCGGAGAUCUUUUAA